UAGCAAAAACAAAUUUCAAGUAAAUUUAGUUGCAAUUAAGUGCUUGUAUAAUAUUUUCCUGCCCUGUAAUCAACGAAUUUAAUAUUCAGCAUGAAUAUAUGUAAAAAUUUUAAGUUUUUGCGCAACAUGCGAGGCGGCAUACGCAACGCUAGCAUGCCAGGCGCUCGGUCAACUGCUAGUCCCUACGUGUUGGAGCGUUUGAGGAACCGCGAGCUAAUACGCGUUAAUGGCGCUGAGGUUGUACCCUUCCUGCAGGGCCUGGUGACAAAUGAUGUAUCGCGUUUGCAACAUCCCAGCGGACCCGCGUCCAUGUACGCUAUGUUUCUGAAUAGAGGAGGUCGUGUUUUGUUUGAUACAAUAAUAUAUCGCACCAAUGAUCCAGAGACUUUUUUGCUGGAAUGCGAUCGUGAAGCGUCCUCUGAUUUUCGAAGACAUCUACGCAUGUUCCGAGUACGCAAACAGAUUGACAUCGACACUGUAGAGGAUGAGUAUGUGCCCUGGGUGCUCUACAAUGACCAGAAGCCAAGCGAAAUCACACAACGUUCGUCGAAAUCUUCGGGACUGUUCAUUUCACCAGAUCCUCGUGUAGGUGCGCUGGGCACACGCCUAUUGGCACCUACUGAUCUGAAUUGGCCCAAGCUGACCAAGACUUUAUGGCGCGAUGUUGACAUUGUUGCCGCCGAGUCCCACCCGGAGAAUAGCUAUCAGCUAUUACGCUACAAACAUGGCGUUGGUGAGGGUGUGCGAGAGCUGCCACCUGGCAAAUGUUUCCCCUUGGAGGCGAAUGCCGAUUACCUCAAUGGAGUGAGCUUUAACAAAGGCUGUUACAUAGGCCAGGAGCUUACCGCUCGUGUACACCACUCUGGUGUCAUACGCAAGCGCUAUAUGCCCAUGCGCUUUACGAGUCCCGUAUCUUCCAACUAUACGGUAAAAUCUAUUGCCGGUGCUAAUCUGGGACGUGUCUUAGGUCAUGCCCAAAAUAGAGGCGUGGGUCUGCUGCGCAUUGAUCCAGUCUUAAAUGGCGAGCAGCAGUUGGUUAUUGAUGGCGAGCGUUGUUAUGUUGAUCGUCCUCAAUGGUGGCCGAGCGAUACCAAAAAGAACAAAUUGGAGGCUGUGGAGUGACUUAGUAGCUAAUCAUAGAAUUUUUAGAAUUGUUAGUAGCUGUAAUUAUUGUAAUUGUAAGCUUGGCAAUAGACAUAAAUAGACUUGUUUACCAACA